AUGUUUUUAAUAAACAAGAGCUUUAAGACUUCUGAUCAACUUGUGGAUCAUGUUAAUAAGAAACCAAUGUCACCGUUUGCUAAAUUCCGCGAGCUUGAUCGUCAAAACAGUUCAAGCACUCCCAGUUCACCGAGGACGCCAGGAACGCCUAAAGAAUUUACUUUUAAAUUUACUGACCCCAUUGUACAGAACAAUGCGGUGCAGAUCAAGGAGCGAUUGCUGUCGUGGUGUCGGGCUAAGACUAAAGAAUAUGAGAAUGUUCAGAUAGAUAAUUUUUCAACGAGUUGGAACAACGGUCUGGCAUUUUGUGCUCUGCUCCAUCAUUUCAAACCCCAGGCAUUUGAUUACGACAAGCUGAAGCCGGAAAAUCGGCGAAAAAAUUUUACACUAGCUUUUGAAAAAGCUGAGGAAAUUGCUGGGAUUGUUCCACUUUUGGAUGUUGAGGACAUGGUAGUGAUGCGUAAACCAGAUUGGAAGUGUGUAUUUACUUAUGUCCAAUCAAUUUAUCGCCGCUUUAAAGACGAAGAUUAA